CCUGUAAGAACACAAGGGAUGUUGCUUUUAUUCCUGUGAUGUUUUACGCAUCUGUUAAUAGACCUUUUUGGAGCUCUGCCACCCAACUCAAUGGCGUCUUCUACUUCUGUGCCUCUGGGAUUUCACUAUGAAACAAAGUAUGUUGUUCUCAGCUACUUGAGACACCUCUCUCAGGAGAAGCUGCAAGAGCAUCAUCAUUCCUCACUACAAGGAGUUCAACAAGAUGUAGCUUCACAAUCUCUGGAUCAAGAAGUUUUAUUAAAAGUUAAAACUGAAAUUGAAGAAGAGCUAAGAUUUCUGGACAAAGAAAUUUCUGAAGCCUUCACCAACAUAGGCUUUGACCAGCACACGUCUCCAGUGUUCAGCCCUGCUAACCCAGUAGAAGACUGCUUGGCUCAUCUUGGGGAACGAGUGUCCCAGGAACUGAAAGAGCCUCUACAUAAGGCAUUGCAAGUGCUCCUCAGCCAGCCAGUGACAUAUCAGACAUAUCGGGAAUGUACACUGGAGACCACAGUUCAUGCCAGCGGCUGGAAUAAGUUCUUCCAACAAGCAAAAAUUACAAGGAACUUUAACUCCUGUGGAGACCGCCAUCUUUUUCUGCACACUAAAGUGGAUAUUUUUAUUAAAGUGGCUUUAGAUUAAUGCUGCAUGGUCUGCUUGGCCCCAAAAUAUAUAUGUCCUAUAGUAUAGCGGUCGCCAACUUUUCAGACCUCACAGACCACCAGUGGUCCGUGGACCACAGUUGGCGACUGCUGCUCCAAAGGUUUCCUAUAGUAUCCCACUCUUCUUUGCCAUUUAUCCUUAAUUUCCCAUCAUUUUUUUCCCCAGUUUUAACUUUACUGUUUUAAUAUCAUGAAAUACAAGUACAACACAUUGUACACGUAUACUUUUUUACUACAUGGAUAUGGAAUAAUACAUUUGUGUUUUUACCAGAAUCUGUAUCACCCACUAUGUAUGGUUUUAACAUGAAUAAAAUAAAAAACACACAAGUCUUC